GACUUCCAAGGCAGAUGGCUUUGCGGCUGAGCACAGCGACAUGCACCCUCCGUGGAGUGUGACGCCAUCAAAAGGGGACCGGCACGACUAAAGCCUGUUCUUUAAUGAGCACAAAGAAGAAAACGUCUUGUUAAGACAUUUCACACUCGUGUUUGCAUGUUAGUUUGAUGUCACAGGUGUCACACACAGGAAGCGUACGUCCAACGCGUGGUCAAACCUGUUGCCAAAGAUGGCCAGAAGUGAGAUGUUCAUGUGUAGUGUCGUUUAUAUUCGACACAAUACGGUGCUUUAAUCUUUGUUCUCAGUCCGGUUGUUGUUAGGAGAACAAAGCGCGGAGAUAGCAGUAGUGGUAUAAUACUGAUUAGAAUAGUAGGGUGAGCCACUGAGAAACUUUACCCGGCGUCUCCAAUGCUCUUCCGGACUACAAAUUUGAAUGAGCCUGCCCGGAAAUGCGGUUCCUGUUUAGGCUCCCGCUUCUGUGUUGUCUCUGCCGUAGUCCGUCGCGUCCCCUCAGUCCUUACACACGACACGAGUGCUUCUGUGGGGGUCUGCAGAAGUCGCCCUCCAGUCUCUUGUAUUAAAUAUUAAAAGAGGCGGUAGAGGCGAUGUUUAUGUCAGGCUUGUGCUGACGUUUGGGGAGACCAUGAGCAACUGUGCACGCUACCUCAUCUUUUUUCAGUACAUCGGAACAAAGUACAGUGGUGUAGUGAAAGUGCCUCCACACCAGGUGAAUUACAAAGGGGUCCAGGAUCACUUGGAGGAUGCCUUAACGAAGCUGCGGCCGGUCAACCCGGUUUCUCUGUCAAUCUCCAGCAGAACAGACGCGGGUGUUCACGCUUUUUCUAACUCUGCCCACUUUGACUUACUUCGCAAGAACAACAAACCGCCAUUUCCUGAAGAGAUUAUCACUGCGGCCCUUAACUUCCACCUGAGGCCACAGCAGAUCGGGAUCACCAAUGCUUACCGCGUCCCUGAUGAUUUUCAUGCCCGUUAUCGGGCACUGUCUCGGACCUACGUCUACCGACUCGCCCUGGGCGUCCCCCACAACUCUCUGCUUCCCAUCACAGAACAGAAUCUCUGCUGGGACCUCCGCAACCCGCAACUGGAUGUGGAGGCCAUGCGUGAGGCUGCUGCCUUGCUGGUUGGGCGUCACGACUUCAGCAGCUUCAGGGCAGUCAACUCUGACAUACCUUUUAAAGACCCUGUAAAAACACUGGAUGUAGUCGACAUACAGCCAGGAAGCUCCUUUGGACAGCCGCACUUCCACAGAGAGAUACAGUUCUUGGAGCUGACUUUUAGAAGCAAAUCUUUUCUCUAUAGACAGGUGCGAAGGAUGGCAGGUUCCCUGGUGGCGGUAGGCCAGAGGCGGCUGUCGGUGCCCCGGCUAAAGGAGAUACUGGAGGCUCGAGACACCCGGGCCUAUCCACAGGGUAUGUCUGCGCCAGCCCAUGGCCUCUUCCUCACCAGGGUGGAGUACAGCAAAGCAGACCUACAGUAUUCACCACAGAAAUCAGAGGAACAAUUGAUAUCCAGUGGAAACUUGAAGGAUUAAGUCUACGCCAUUCAGUCAUAUUGGUAACGUGUUUCUGUGCUACUGAAUGCAAUGAUUGUAAUGAAGCUUUUUUAUUUAUUUGUAUGUUGUUUUUCUCACAGUGGCUUCGCUCAGUGGCCCUGGUGGGUGCUUUUAAUAAAUCUUUUUCCACACU